AUGUACAGCUUCAACACUCUGCGAUUCUACCUUUGGGAAACCAUUGUAUUCUUCAGCCUUGCUGCUUCCAAGGAGGCUGAAGCUGCACGCUCUGCACCCAAGCCUAUGUCACCAUCGGACUUCCUGGAUAAGCUCAUGGGGAGGACUUCUGGAUAUGAUGCCAGGAUCAGGCCCAACUUUAAAGGUCCCCCUGUGAACGUGAGUUGCAACAUCUUCAUCAACAGCUUUGGCUCCAUUGCUGAGACAACCAUGGACUACAGGGUGCACAUCUUCCUGAGGCAACAGUGGAAUGACCCCCGUCUGGCCUACAAUGAAUACCCUGACGACUCCCUGGACCUCGACCCGUCCAUGUUGGAUUCCAUCUGGAAGCCUGACCUGUUCUUUGCCAAUGAGAAGGGAGCCCACUUCCAUGAGAUCACCACUGACAACAAACUGCUGAGAAUCUCCCGUAAUGGCAAUGUCCUCUACAGCAUCAGAAUCACCCUGACUCUGGCCUGCCCAAUGGACCUGAAGAAUUUCCCGAUGGAUGUACAGACAUGUAUCAUGCAACUGGAAAGCUUUGGAUACACCAUGAAUGACCUCAUCUUUGAGUGGCAGGAACAGGGAGCUGUCCAGGUGGGUCAUGGACUCACCCUGCCUCAGUUUAUCCUGAAAGAGGAGAAGGACCUGAGAUACUGCACCAAGCACUACAACACAGGUAAAUUCACCUGCAUUGAGGCUCGAUUCCACCUGGAACGGCAGAUGGGCUACUACCUGAUCCAGAUGUACAUUCCCAGCCUGCUCAUCGUCAUCCUGUCCUGGAUCUCCUUCUGGAUCAACAUGGAUGCAACUCCAGCUCGUGUGGGUCUGGGCAUCACCACUGUGCUCACCAUGACUACACAGAGCUCUGGCUCCCGAGCCUCCCUACCCAAGGUGUCCUAUGUGAAAGCUAUCGACAUUUGGAUGGCUGUUUGUCUGCUCUUCGUGUUCUCGGCCCUGCUGGAAUAUGCGGCCGUGAACUUCGUGUCUCGACAACACAAGGAGCUGCUUCGAUUUAGGAGGAAGAGGCGACAUCACAAGAGCCCCAUGCUGAAUCUGUUUCAGGAUGAUGAUGGCGGAGAAGGCCGUUUCAACUUCGCCUAUGGGAUGGGCCCAGCCUGUCUACAGGCCAAGGAUGGCAUCUCUGUCAAGGGUGCCAACAACAAUAAUACCACUAACCCCGCUCCUGCACCAUCCAAGUCCCCAGAGGAGAUGCGGAAACUCUUCAUCCAGAGAGCCAAGAAGAUUGACAAGAUAUCACGCAUCGGUUUCCCCAUGGCCUUCCUAAUCUUCAACAUGUUCUACUGGAUCAUCUACAAGAUCGUCCGAAGAGAGGAUGUCCACAACAAGUGA